AAUCUCCAUCUGGAUGUUAAGCAUGCAUAAUAUUAGCGCUUGCUAAAAUGUUUGUUCAAGUGUGAUUGAUACGAUAUUAGCGUUUUGCUCAACUGGAUCCACAUCAAAAGAUUGUCUGACGACUAGGCGGAUAUCUACAUUGCGUCUAAAACUAAAAGCUGAUACCAACACUAGUAGGGAAUACUAAUUGACCGAUCCGACGAUCAAAAUCUCUUAGGAGUUGAUUGUCUAUCCCCCCAUUUAUAAAUCGUGCCAAAUAGCUUAGCAUAUUUGGCUAUUUGGGUGUCAUUACUGCUGCUGCUCUCAUAACAGCAUAAGAGUGGUGGUUAUAUUUGAUUUGUUCUCUUAAGUUUCAGUUUAUGAUCAUGGCGCUCUCUCGUCAACCUCUCUCCACAAAGACAUCAAAUUUACUUAGCUAUGGUUCCGAUUUUCUCCAUGGAGAAGCAAACUUCCACAAAUUUCCCAGUUUUCAAUGCAAAACAGACAGAUCACUAAAAUCAACUUUUUUGGUUGACCAAAAAAAUCAUCAGUUCAGAUCAGUGAUAACUAUGGCAAAAAAUAAAACAUUUAAGAAAAUGAUUGGAAAUGUAAGUGACGAGUUGAAUGAGAUUGCAUCAGAGAACUUGGAUUCUGCUCCUGCUCGAAGACGGGUGCGAUCCGCUUUCACUGAAGUUCAGCAACAACUUGAUCAUAUCUUGUUUAAGGAUUCUCCUGCCGGGAUCAGAACAGAAGAGUGGUUUGAGAGAAAUUCAAAGGGUUUACAGAUAUUUUGCAAGAGCUGGUUACCAAAAUCUGAUUAUCAAAUGAAGGGUAUUGUUUAUUUCUGUCAUGGUUACGGUGAUACUUGUACAUUCUUCUUUGAAGGAAUUGCUAGAGCAAUUGCUGGUUCUGGUUAUGGAGUCUAUGCAGUUGAUCAUCCAGGUUUUGGUCUUUCUGAAGGCUUGCACGGCUACAUAUCGAGUUUCGAUGAUUUGGUUGAUAAUGUCAUUGAAAGGUUUAACAUUAUAAAAGAAAGACCAGAAGCGAAAGGAUUGCCUCGAUUUUUAUUAGGCCAGUCAAUGGGAGGAGCCGUUGCUAUCAAGGCUCAUCUAAAGCAGCCAACUGCUUGGGAUGGAGUCGUUCUUGUUGCUCCAAUGUGUAAAAUUAAAGAUGAUAUGAAACCAUCGCCAGCAUGUGCAACGGUCUUGACUCUCUUGUCUAAUGUACUACCGAAAGCAAAAUUGGUGCCGGAGAAGGAUUUGGCGGAGUCAAUGUUCAGAGACCCCAUAAAAAAGAAAAUGGCUGUCUACAACGUGAUCUCAUAUUCUGGUCGAAUGCGACUAAAGACUGCAGUCGAACUCUUGAAUGCAACUCAGGUUAUCGAGUCACAGGUAGAUAAGGUUUCAUCUCCAUUGUUAGUUCUGCACGGAGCAGAAGAUAAAGUAACAGACCCAUUAAUUAGCAAGUUCUUAUAUGAGAAGGCUUCCUGUAAAGACAAGACCCUGAAGCUAUAUCCAGAAGGUUAUCACUGUAUUUUAGAGGGCGAACCUGAUGAAAGGAUUUUAACAGUCCUUAAAGAUAUUGUCUCUUGGCUUGAUUCUCAUUCUCCGCUUGUCAAGUAGACUUCAGCUGUUUUCUUCCAUCUAUUAUCAUGAAUUCAUCUUAUGCGAGAUCAGAUCAGUUCCCUCCCUUCUAUCGGAUGUUGUAUUUUACUUUCUCCCUACUGUGUUCUAUGUCUUAGCCAUGUGUUGCUGCUCUUGCAGGAAUAUAAGUACAACAUAAAGUGUUCCUUCGGUUAAAGCAGUUAUACCCAGUCGAAUAAUGUUAAGCAUUUGUGUACUAACUAAUUGUGAAAUUGAAACUGCAUUAUUUAAAAUC